AUGGGGGAGAAAGAUAGCGAUCUGAGCAAAAUACACGCAAAACACACAGAGGGGGAGAAAAAGAACCAUUUGAACAAAAGCGAACAAAUAAAGGUCAUCCUAAGAAGGAUAAAAAACAGUGAUAACACAAAAGACAAAUUUGCAAACAUUUUAAAACUUUCUAGAUAUACCAGCUAUCUACAUGAAGGAGAAAAAUUAAAAAUUUCAAAAUGCAUCAGUGCUCACUUCAUUUCGUUAUUACUCCGGUCAGACAACUCCUUCCAGUUAUUUGCUCUCCGGUUAGUCAACAGCUUAAUAGCUGAGUCGACUCAGACUUACUUAAAGAGGUGUAUGCCUUUUGUUAACUCGAUCAUUUUUUAUUAUUGCGAUUUUGUGAAUGAAUGGAAUGAAAAGGUGGAGGCGGUGGAGCGGAGGGCAAAGAAAGGAACAAAGGGGGAGGGGAAAGGGGAAGAAUCUCUCACCUCGCACACACGGAGUGAGAAACUAUCCCCAUGUGUAAGCGACACGGGGGAGUCGCCAGAGUCGGACGCAUCGGACGACGCAUUGGAAGAUGUGGGGGGGAACUACAACACGGACGGAAUCAACGACAUAUACUUUGAAUGUCUAGAAUACCUUUUGAAGAUGCUACCUUUUUUAAAUGAAAGGGAGAUUGUGGAUAACUCCUUUUUUCCUCGUGAAGGGAACAGCGUCAGCUUUGACGCAGACAUGUAUUUUUUGAAGAAGAAGCUAAAGAAAGCGAAAGGGGGACAUCCUGCUCUGCAAGGCCCCUUGGGAGAAACACGGGGUGGGCUCAAGGGGGUUAAGGAGUUCCGCCAUGAAGGGGAAAAGAGGGAAGACUUUGAUGUGGCACCUGGGAGGGGAGAAGAAGUGUGCAAAGCGGGAGACAUACUCGAGGGGGAUGCCUUCUGCAGGCAGGACGACUCCUCAGGAGAUGAGGAUUCCCCUGCGGAGGAAGACUCCCAGGAAGAGCGCAUCAGCUUGGUGGAGCUCCUUUUCGAUGCACUCAGCGAGAACAUCCGGAUGGUGGAGGCGAUGCGCCCGAGGGUGGGGACGCCCAACGGAGGGGCAACCCCCCCAAAGGGGGAAAUUCCAAAGGGGGAGCUACCUGAGGGGGAACUACCUAAAGGGGAACGUCCUAACGGGGAACUCCCUAAAGGGGAUGCGCGCGCCCAGGACGAAGCCUCCCACCUGAUAAGCCUCGCGCGGGAACCAAAGUUCCUUCUAAACAGCAGAAGCGUGGACAUGUCUCUAAUCCUGCUAAACAACACGUUCCUAAAGCUCAGCGGCAGCCGUUUCGUGAAGGAGUACUUCCACUUACUCAACAAGGUGAUAGAAACGUACAGCCAAAACAGAGUAACAGCAAUGAAAUGUCAAACGAAUCUAAAUGCAUACAUAAAGAAGCAAGGAUGUGUAAACGUGUUGGACAAAAGAAGCGUAUAUAAAUUGUAUGCUAAUAUUAUAUACCUGUUUUCCCAAGUGAAGGUACAAGAGGAGAAGGAGGUCCUGUACACUUUGUAUUCUACUGUCUACUCGUGUCUGAGUUUUUCCUUCCUAAGUGAGAACAGCAUUGACAUUUUAAAAACGCCAUUAUCAUAUAUGAACGUAGAGCUUUACUUAUUUGCAGAACAGGUGAUGAAGUACAUGGGGGGAGACAAAGGUGGUAAUAAGGGGGACAACACUUUCCCCUUUGAGGCAGGGACCUCCUCCGCACAGAUCAUCCCACUCAUCUGCAACAAUAUUGAACAUGUGAUUAAUUUUAUAAGUCAACAUGUGCUUUGUGCAACGGGGGGAAAAGAGGUGGACGCAGCAGGGGAGACCUCUUCCCCCCCAACGGGAACCGACCACCCCCCCCAAGUGAACCUCCCCAUGGGCGAACUGCACACCAUUAUAGGAAAAAUAAAAAAGGCUAUCGAAGUUGUGAUUGAAUUUUUUAAAGAUGUAAAGUCCCACUUACGAGAAUUGAAUCGAUCAUGCGAACCUUUUAAAAUGCUAAAGGAAAAAUUUGACAAACAAUUAACUUCAAUGGUGCACGUCUUUUGCAAUUAUUUACUUUUCGAAAAUGGGCACUAUGUGGAUGAUUUUCUGAGUUUGCUGGAGUUGUUCGCCAUAUGGGUAGAUGAUGAAAAGGACUUUUUAGCAUUCCUUUUAAUUAUGAAACAUGUGCAGGCAGAUCGGUACAUUCACAACAAGCAGUUUGUAACGAAACUCUUUCUCCUCAUACUAGACCCAACCAUGAAAAACAUUGUGCAUGUGAAAAUCCUGUAUGACAUAUUUUACAGAUGCAUUUUUAACAUUGUGGAGUCAAUUCAGAUUGUUCAAAAUGAUCAUUUUGUGAAAUUUCCACCUGAACAUGUUCAUAAUUUUUUUUCCAAAGAUUACGAUUUAGUUAUUCCAUGCAAUAUACCAAUUGACAGGCUGAACGGAGUGCCGUUUGUCUACAUUAUAUGUGAAGACGAGUACAACAAAAGGAAAGACGACCAGAUGUUCACUCGCAAUAUAAGCAGCAUCCUUUCCUUUUCUGUGAAUUUUUUUUUUCAUUACUACUUUUUUAUUUUGAUGACCGCAAAGGGACAAGGAGCCAACUCAGAGCCCUACCACCUCUUUGAACAGAACUACUUCAAUGCUUGCGCUGGGAACAUUCGAACGGACGAGCGCGGGUUUUUCCUCGCGCUUAAGGUUCUUUUCACCAUAUCGUCGCUACUCUUCCUACGCUUUGAUUCUUCCGUGCUGGACGCCCUCCUGGACAAGCACCGCGCGUUCUUCCUCCAGGACUGCCUCAUUGCAUCCCUCCUUAACCUAAAACUUGAAGCCGAAGUUGGAGUAGACAUACAAGGCGAAGGCGACGGCGAAGGCACACUGAAGGCGAAAGAAGCAACCCGCAAGAGGGGGAAAAGGCAUAAGUACUUUCUCCAAAAUUUAGAAUUAGUCUACCUCGUUAUGUAUUACCAUCCCACUUUUGUGUCGCUCCUAAUUUUGCGCCUAAAACAAGUGAAGCAGACCCGCGGGGAGAUCCGUUUUGGGACGAGCAAGGUGUACAAGCAGGAGAGGCACCUUUCCAUUUGUGCCUUUUUAAACAGGUUUAUUGAGACCCACGUGUGA